AUGGCUUGCUCAGGGUCUUUAACAUUCCCCAUUUGCUUCCACUAUGCAAACAACGCAAAAACUGCGCUGAACCGUAGUCCAAUCCAGAUCACAAAGGCAACACCAAGGUCGAGAACAUUUACCCAGUAUGCGAUUCUGCCCCUCUCCACUGGCGGCCAACAUGGCGUCCAUGGAUGGCACGACCAUCGCCGUCAUUGGUGGCAGCUCAGUAGCUGCAUUGGCUGCUGUGCUCACACUGACGGAUCCAGAGAGGAGAGGCUGCAGCUCCAGGCGGAGGAGGUGGGCAGUGGGGACAAGAAGGUGGUUAGGGAGUGCUUCAACAACUCAGGGUUCCGGAGAUGGGAGAAGAUAUACGGCGAGACAGAUGAUGUCAAAGACCUCAUUCUUCUUGAAAAUGUUGUAAAAAAUACCUUGUAA